AUGGCGGUCGUCGAAGUCAAGAGGGCACUCGCAAAGAUCGAAAAAGGGGUGGCAGACCUGGGCAAACCAGAUCGGCCACCACAGCAAGAACAAAGCCUGAAAACUUUUGCCCAGGUCGCCAGCACGCCAAAGCCCUCGAAUCAGACGAAAGGUCCGAACCACACCCUGAUCAUUUCCUCGACAGACCCCCAGCACACCGGGGACAACGUAAUAGAGAGGAUCAGGGAAGCCCUGGACUUGAAAACGACGGGAGCCAGGGUGGACGCAGUGCGCAAGGCACGAAACCAAAAAGUAGUCCUGCGAUGCGCGAGCAAAGCUGACUUGGGCUUGGUAAGAGACCAGUUCAAGUCCAACAAAGGGCUAAGGGUUCAGGAACCCAAGCCACAGAACUCGCUGGUCUGUUUGAAGGGUGUCCUCUCCAGCUACAGCGACCAGGAGAUAGCGGAUCUCCUAAUGGCACAAAAUAAACACCUGCUGCAAAAAAUCGCAGUAGGUGAACAAACCAUCAAGAUGCGAUACAGGAAGCGCGCGAGGAAUCCCCAUGAAUGCCACCCCGUAUUGGAGCUCUCUUCAAAGCUGUGGCAGUGCUUCACACAGGCACAAAAAGUCCACUCACCGCUGGAAGGGAUCAAAUUGAACUGCGAGAGCUGGUUGACCGAACCCCGGAGAGCGUGGCAGGCAGCGUACAUCGCUCAAAAGUAUCGUUACAACGUUGUCUUGGACGCGUUCUGCGGGGCUGGCGGCAAUACGAUACAAUUUGCAAUGGCAUGUAAUCGGGUUGGCACCGCAACUCAGCGCGGAUAUGGUCUUCCUGAGUCCGCCAUGGGGAGGCCCGUCGUAUUCAAAAGUAAGUGGACUUUAAAGUUUUAUUCUGAUCUUCAGCCCUGCCCCGCAACACAUUUGCCUAGACGUAGACGUAGACGUAUCGAUCCUUUAGAGAGAUUCCUAGAUCUCUGUAACUCCCUGCACAAUUUUAAAUUGGUGAUUGCAGAAUAUGACAUUGAGAUAAUGCUGGAGCCAAGACCGGCGUCAGAGCUGAUGAGAGUGGCGCGGACUAUAUCGUGCAAUGUUGAGAUAUUCCUACCGAGGAACUCUAGACCCGACCAAAUCUUAGCUCUGGCUGAAAAAAAAGUUGAGGUUGAAAAGAAUUAUAUAGGGAAAGGCCUCGUGGCCAUAACGGCAUACUACUUCUAA